UUUCGUCUCCUUGCUAGGCCCAAAGCCUCGGUUUGGAGUAAAAGCGGAAGUGACAGUCAGCCCGGUGAACAUGGAAAGGGACCUCGAUCCGGAGCUAAUGCAGAAGUUUAUCUGCUUGGGGACCACAGAUAAAGAUACACUGAUAACUGAGCUCCACACGCUGCUCGAGUUCCAGAUCAGUCCUGAAGAAUGUGCUUUUCUCCUGGAUAUGACCAAUUGGAACCUACAGGCUGCAAUCGGAACGUAUUAUGAUCUGGACCUCCUCAGCACCUCGACUCCUUCCAUGUCUUUGGUGAGCAACGAGACCAUUGUAGAAGAAGAAUCGGUUCCUCCAGACACUCCUUUCAUAAAGACGUGGAGGAUCAAGAACACAGGUUCAGAGGUUUGGCCUCCAGGUGUGUGUCUGAGGUACGUGGGUGGACAUCAUUUUGACCAUGAGAACUUUGUGGUAGUCCGCACCCUGGGUCCUGAGGAGAUUUAUGAUGUGAAAGUUCAGAUGCGAAGUCCUCAUGCUUCAGGCAUGUACCAGGGGCAGUGGAGGAUGUGCACUGCUGGGGGGCGUUACUUCGGAGAUGUGAUCUGGGUGAUCCUAAAGGUUGAGGUCGGAGGUCUCCUGGGCUUGACACAGCAGCCGUCCUCCAUGGAAGCAGAGUGUAGCACACAGCCUCACUGCAGCCUGCAGGACCCCUUCACCACCUUCACCCCCAGAGUACCGGCACAGACGCAGCACACCACGCCGUCGAGCGCCUCGGUAACCAUAGCAACAAACGACCCUGUGGACAGCGAAUCAGCCAUGCAUGAGCAGCCGUAUGAACUGCACCCGUCUGGACAGUAAACAAUAAACCGGUAAAUUAAAAGGAAUUAAACGUGGCCUUGAGGAUCAACCAGAGGGUGGAGCUAAGCAUACAGACUCCGCCCCUUCUGAUCUCAUUAUUACUCUAAUAUGGAGUGUGUGAAUGCUAAUAUAAGUACAAUUCUUAGUGAAUUUUUUAAAGAAAUGCAUUUUAUGGAUUUUUAUUAUAAUUUUUAUUAUAUUGGUGCUGAUGGCUUUAUUUCAGCUGGAUGUUCCUUUGAAACUGCAAAACGUUUACAUUUUUGUGGAUGAAGUUCAUAAUUUGGAUAAAAAAUAACAGAAAACUUGAAAA